UUCAACAUGGCGGUGCACGAGAGUUUGGUGUUGUACACCACAGAUGAUAAGUUUUAUGUUGAAGCUCAUGAUUCCGGAAGCAAGGAGUUGCUUAUUAUUGACAGACUCAGUCAAGAAAUUACACUCGGUGAUUCUGGUAGUCAGAUCCCUCCCUUUGCAACCAGCAAACCAAUAUGUGGACUGAUGGGUACCAUACGAUUGCUGGCAGGUCCGUACUUGGUGGUGAUCACCAAGAAGUCCAAGGUUGGAGAAAUCAACGGACAGACCAUCUGGAAGAUCACUGGCCAUGAGAUUAUUCCCUACAAGAGGACAUUCCUGCAUCUCAAUGAGCAACAGAAACAGGAUAACCGCACCUAUGAGUCAAUGGUGAACUAUGUCUUGGACUCAAAUGACUGUUACUUUUCAACGACCUAUGACCUGACACAUUCCCUGCAGAGGCUUUUCAACACCAGCCCAGAGUUUCUGCAGAUGCCAUUAUUUGAAAGAGCUGAUCAGCGCUUCGUCUGGAACUGUAAUUUAUUACGAGAGCUUGCUUCGCAACCUGAGCUGAGCCGUUUCAUUUUGCCAGUGAUGUGUGGCUUUGUAACAAUUAGAAUAGGGAUCCUACAUGGGAAACGUUUUGAUUACAUCGUGAUCUCAAGACGGAGUUGUUUCCGAGCUGGGACGAGGUAUUACAUGAGAGGACUAGACAGCCAGGGACACGUUGCUAACUACGUAGAGACAGAACAAAUUGUGCAAUGUAAUGGAUGGAGAGGAUCAUUUGUACAGACGAGGGGGUCAAUACCGCUGUACUGGUCCCAACGACCAAACAUCAAAUACAAACCAAAGAUUCUAAUAAGUCAGGCACAAAACCAUUUGGAUGGAUUCAUGAGACAUCUGGACAGUCAAGUGGUCAACUACGGAGAACAAGUGCUUGUCAAUCUGAUUGAUCACAAGGGAGUUGAAGACAGGUUGGAGAAGACGUUUGCCAAAGCUGUUAUGGAUGCUGGAAACAAAAAUAUCAAGUAUGAGUCGUUUGAUUUUCAUCAUGAGUGUCGUCGAAUGAGAUGGGAUCGACUCUCAAUCCUCAUGGACAGACUCGCAGCGGACCAAGAAAAAUACGGGUAUUUCAUGAUCACCCCUGAGAACCAGUUGUUGAAGCAUCAGACUGGAGUAUUCCGAACCAACUGUAUGGAUUGCUUGGAUCGGACUAAUGUUGUACAGAGUCUACUGGCUAGGAGGACGCUACAAGAACAGUUACAGAGAUUUAAUAUUCUGCGACAAGGAGAGAGUAUUGAUGAACAUCUAACGACAGCGUUCGAGAGCACCUUCAAAAACACAUGGGCAGAUAAUGCAGACUUUUGUUCUAAGCAGUAUGCAGGAACAGGCGCACUGAAGACAGACUUCACUAGGACUGGGAAGCGGACACACUUUGGAAUGGUGAAAGAUCUCUACAACUCAGCACUACGCUACUACAAAAAUAACUUUGUGGAUGGCUUUAGACAGGAUUCAAUCGACCUGUUUCUUGGUAACUACAUCGUGGAGGAAAACGAAGGCAUCUCCUCACCAUCUCCACUCAGACCAAAACAUGAUACCAAGUUUAUUCUGCUUCCAGUGAUUUGUAUCAUAGCUUUCUCAAUGAUGAUCAUCAGCAUUCUCAUCCCAGCAGCUGACCUCUACCUUCAAGCAUCCUACGUGUUUUUCUGGAUGGCCGCUACCGCUGUAUGCCUCGCACUCAUGUACAUAUAUGGUAUGGAGUUUGUGAAUCAACCAAGGCUAGCUCAAGCUAAGGCUAAACUGGAUUAGCUGCUAACCGAAUGCAGUAGGCUUAAAGGCACCGGACAGGUUUGGUAAAUACUCAAAUAUAGCAUAAAAACUUACUUGGUAAUGAGAUGUUGAUA